AAAAACAGAUUUUUUUUUUUUGGUUCUCAAGUCAACAAAGAACAACGAAACAAAACACAAAAGAGGUCCGAAGAACUUUGAAUGUUGUUAUCAUCAUCAUCAUCAUCAUCGUCAUCGUUGUAAUCGCUUUUUCUUCUUUCUCAUCUGGGUAUGUCUUUCUGUUGACCUUUAAUUCGUAUAAUCAAAUUGGUAGAAGAAUGAAUGUAAAAAGCUUUCAUCUUGUUUUUCCUUAUCUGAUUCUCUCCAAUCGCGUUUUCAUCUGAGAUUCUAUUACAGACCCUCGAUAAUCCCCAAGAAAGGUCUUGUCUUUUUGGUUUAGAUUUGUUCUGCGUUAAACGAAGAAGAAGAUAAAAAAAAUUUCUCGAUUUUUUUUUUCCAGAUGAUGAAGAGAAUCUAAGUUGUGGUUGGUGUUAAAGGAUGUGGAAACAGAUUCUAAGUAAGCUUCCCAACAACAAAAAGUCUUCAAAGAACGAACACCAUCAUAAUCAUCGUGGAGGAGGACGUGAACACGGUUCCCAUUCUUCUUCUUCUUCUUCAUCUUCAUCUCACGCCUCCACUUCCAAAAGCAGUGACAAUAAUGGCGUCGGGAAAACAAAGCAUUCACAGACAAAGAGCGCUCCUCCUGUUGCCUCCUCCUCUGAUGGUAAUCCAAAGAGCAACAACAACAACAACAAUGGAGGAGUCUUCACUCCUUACGAAGCGUUACCAAGUUUCAAAGACGUCCCAAACACCGAAAAGCAAACCCUCUUCAUAAAGAAGCUUAACCUCUGCCGCGUAGUCUUCGACUUCACUGAUCCCACAAAGAACAUCAAGGAGAAAGACAUCAAGAGACAAACCUUACUCGAGCUCGUGGACUACGUGAACUCCGCGAACGGGAAGUUCAGCGAAGGUAGCGUCCAAGAAGUGGUGCGCAUGGUCUCAGCAAACAUCUUCAGAACGCUAAACCCACAGCCACGCGAGAACAAAGUCAUCGACGCUUUAGACCUCGAGGAGGAAGAGCCUUCGAUGGAUCUCGCCUGGCCUCACUUGCAGCUCGUCUACGAGCUUUUCCUGAGGUUCGUUGCUUCCCCUGAGACCGACACCAAACUGGCCAAAAGAUACAUAGACCAAUCCUUCGUCCUGAGGCUACUAGACUUGUUUGAUUCAGAGGAUCCUAGAGAGAGAGACUGCCUCAAAACAAUCCUCCACCGGAUCUACGGCAAAUUCAUGGUCCACCGUCCUUUCAUCAGGAAGUCGAUAAACAACAUCUUCUACAGGUUCGUCUUCGAGACAGAGAAACACAACGGGAUCGCCGAGUUCCUCGAGAUCUUGGGAAGUAUAAUCAACGGUUUCGCUCUUCCUUUGAAAGAAGAGCACAAAGUGUUUCUGGUUCGGGUUUUGAUACCGCUCCACAAACCCAAGUGCUUGCAGAUGUAUCACCAGCAGUUGUCUUAUUGCAUCACGCAGUUUGUGGAGAAGGAUUGCAAACUCGCUGAUACGGUUAUAAGAGGGUUGCUCAAGUACUGGCCCGUGACGAAUAGUUCCAAAGAAGUCAUGUUUUUGAAUGAGUUGGAGGAAGUGCUUGAAGCGACUCAGCCUCCGGAGUUCCAACGGUGUAUGGUGCCGCUCUUUCGCCAGAUAGCUCGGUGUUUGAACAGCCUGCAUUUUCAGGUUGCAGAGAGAGCUUUAUUCUUAUGGAACAACAAUCACAUAGAGAAUCUGAUAAUGCAGAGCCGCAAAGUCAUUCUCCCAAUUAUAUUCCCUGCGUUGGAAAGAAACGCACAGAAACAUUGGAACCAAGCUGUUCAUAGCUUGACGCUAAACGUGAGGAAGAUAUUCCAAGACCUGGACCCUGAGCUGUUCAAGGAAUGCCUUGCUAAGUUCAAAGAAGACGAAUCAAAGGAAGGUGAGACCAAGGCCAAACGUGAAGCCACUUGGAAACGGUUGGAAGAAGUUGGAAUGCGAAAAGGGUAAAUGAGGGUUUAGAGCUAUAUAGAGAAUUGUGAUAUCAUCAAUUCAGGAGAAAAGUUUCAAUAUUUGGGUCUCUUCUUCUUCUUCUUCCAAGUUCCCAUUAUUAUUAUUAUAAUAUUUUUUUUUGUUUCCUGUAAAAUCUUCUUGUUAAUUGUUUUUUUUUGUUGUUGUUGCUACAUUGUCUAUGUUCCCACGUUCUUGAGACUGUCUUUGUUCAUUCA